ACUCCCCCUCUGGAAGCUCAAUCCCCCUUCCUGAUAAUAACCGAUUUGCAUWAUGGCAGUAGAACUGUUUGGACACGACAUUGACUGUUGUGUUGGUAUUCUUCACACAUAAAUUACUASAACUGAUUCCAUGGUAACUGUUAUUCAAUAAGAUUGAGUACGCGAUUACGUAUGCAGCGGUCAAAUGACGUGUCCAAACCGUUCUACAAAGGCUCAACCGGAUAGAAAAUAUGAUAUGAUUUUCACUCCAUGAAGCUUUUCGAUCAUUUUCAUGUACUGCGGUUGGUUGCCAAAAGAUCAUUGCCAGAAGUACAUAUGUACUUCUGUCAUUGCCUAAUUCUGGGUGAGAAUGACCAAAUAGACGUGCCGCCGUUGAGGUGAUUUUGUAGGCAAAAGAUGCCAUUCAUCAUAUUUUUUCGUCCAACAAAGACGAGUGGUGUGAAAGGUAAGUAACCAGUCUUGUACUAUUUUAGUACAGUACAUAUUAAAAAAAUACGCAGUCUAGGACUGCAUGUGACUCAGGCAUAAGAGACUUAUAGGAACAAUAGAGAUCUAGAAUGCUCAGUAGGACAUAAGGCAGAGUGUAAUUUGAAGUCUCCUUCAAAUUAUUCGCGAAUGGAGAUAAAUAUAGAAGGUAAAUAGAGAGAGAUAAAUAGAGUAAACUAGGAUUAUUAGGACCUUGUAAUUCCAUUUUAAAAAGGACGGAUUAAAACAGACUAUAAACGAAGCAGAGGUAAGAUCGCAUUGCUGGGAUUACUGGCUAUACAGGUUCGCAAAAAGCACCGGUCUUGUGUAAUAAGCCAAGCGACCAAAUCGGACUUUUGUUUGCAAACAAACCYUAUAAAGCGCUCCAAAAUCUGAAAUAUUCUUUAUAAAUACAAAUUUGACUGCAAAUGCAUAGAAAUUUGUGCCUAGUUCUAGGCAAAAGAUAGUUUGAAUACAUUGUUUUGCGAUAAAACAUAGCUAUUAACUAUGGAUAAAAUAACAAUAACCAUCACCUUCGAAAGCACAAACACMUCGCUAGAGAACGCACAUGGUCAGCCAAAGUAGAUUUUUCUUCGUAAAUUUCUGUCGUCGGGAUUUCGUAGACCUUUCGUACAGUCUUGUAAUCCGAAAUUACUUCGAUUUAUUCGAAAGUACUUCGAUUUGGUUACAGACACUCACCCAUGGUCGAUGACAUAGUGACGAGAGGCCUUCCCAGAAGGCCUUCGUCACAAUUAAAGGCGCCCAAUGAGCGCAUGUGCUUACUACGAUUGUAUGCAAAUUGUAAAAAAAGUGACUGACCUGUCACUGACUUCAGAAGUGAAUUCUAAGGCAGGAUUGGUGCUACCUCGUGUUCUCGUGACGAUUUAGACUCUUUCAUUUCUUAUGUGAAUUCUUUUCAUCCUGCCUUAGAAUUCACUUCUGAAGUCAGUGACAGGUCAGUCACUUUUCUUGACAUUCAAGUCAGUAUUACUGACAUUCAUCUCAGCACUACUGUGCAUUAUAAGCCUAUAUGAUUCUCACUCUUAUCUCCUCUAUUCUUCUUCUCACCCUAAGCAUAAUCUGAAUGCUAUUCCUUUCUCUCAAUUUCUACGUCUCCGUCGCUUGUGCAGCGGCGAUAAUGACUUUUCCAACAAAUGCAUGGAGAUGCGUUCCUUUUUUUCUUAAUCGUAACUAUCAAGCUCUGCGUAAAGUCUCUGACAUUGAUCGUAACACUGCUCUUACAUCUAAGGCUCGUGCUCCGAAUGACCGUAUUCCUUUCACUCUUACUUAUCAUCCUAUUAACAGUUCUAUUAAGACUAUUGUUAAUCGUAAUUACUUCUUACUCACUUCUGAAACWAACACUUCUCACAUCUUUAACGACCGACCCCUCUUUUCUAAUAAACGUGACCGUAACCUUCGUUCCUUCCUAGUCAAAGGUGUUGCUUAURGUUGUAAUGAAACAGUGCCUAACAACGACUGUUUAUUUCGAAAAACACUUCUAGAGUGUUCAGGAGGCGGAGCUUAGCGAACCUUGGAACUGUGGAUUAUGGGUCCCUUGCGAUUGCUAAACUUCGACGUGAAAAAAAAAAAAAAUAAAUAAAUGAAAAAAAAAAUAAAUUAAUAAAUUCGCUGCAUUUUAUAACCGUGCCGCAGCCCUUCGGCCUGGACACGGUAAUGAGUCGAAGUGCCAGUGGGUUCGUCGUUUAUAAUUCUCUGUAUUUUCAGGGAAAUGGGAGACAAAUGGCGAAAAUUUGCUAGCACAGCCGUAGGACWAUUGUAUUCUAUGAAGUAUAAGGUGACUUGAAUUCAUAUUAUCGAAAAUAGGGUGCCAAUAGCUAAAUAUGCAACCAAAAUAUAAUUUUUGGCAUUUCAGACCAUUURGAAGUGUUUACCUGUGCUUGAUUUUGACCGAGGGGGCAUAAGUCGAGGGGGAGUUAACAUGGCGGAAGAAAAACAUGGUUCGUAUUCUGUGAUAAAAGAUUUAAAAUACUACGACUGCGCUAAGGAGAAUACUGAAAUAAUCUCAAAAAACAAGCUAGAUUUGUUCAUGCCCAAGGAUUCUGACCAAAAUACACCGUUAGUAGUAUUCGUUCAUGGUGGAGGCUGGAUGAGAGGAGACAGACGAGCGUACCGGCAUUUCGUCUCUGUUUACAAUGUUAACUUGCUUGUAACUUUAGUAAUGUUGUACUACGAUGCUUACUCGAAUGUUGGUAGACUAUUUGCAAGUAAUGGAGUUGCUUGUGCUGUUGUAUCGUAUCGACUAAGUCGUCUUGAGUUUCCUUGGUUGAUGAURGAAGUGUUGUGUCCAUUAGUGUUCUCAGUAUUGAUCACGUUAGCCCCUUUAACGUGCUUGCUACUGUUAUCUCGUAAUUUGAUCCCAUUCGAUCUUUCUUUUGGCCACGAUAUUUUAGCUUCUUUCCCAACUCUUAUAGUGACCUCGCUGCUGAUAGUAUGGGCAAUAGUUUGCUAUUUUGAUCCAAGUUAUAUAAUUUCAAAACAUGAGAAAUUUUGGCCAAUUGUGAUGUCGAUCAUCAUAUCAUUUCUUACACCAUUACCUUACAUAUCACUGUUGUGGAUGGUCUGGCUGGGAGUCUUCCUAAUUCUGACCUUAAUAACAUUUCACCAAGUCAGAGAGCCUGGGACCAAGCAUCCUUCACAUAUCUCAGAUGUAGCAAGGAGUGUUGCAUAUUUAAAGGACUUGGCUGUUAAAACUAAAAUGUUUAGUCACAGCUCAAAAUUCCUAUGUGGUCAUUCUGCUGGGGGGCACUUGGUGUCUUUGUUGGCACUUGAUUCAAGCUAUUUGGAAAGUGUUGGUCUAUGUCUGUCAGAUAUUAAGGGCGUGAUAUCUAUAUCAGGAGUGUAUGAUCUUCAUAAGCUUUCUGGUGGGAUAACAGAACAUUUYUUCCUUAGGCCAGUCUUUGGUAAAAAUAAAAAAGUAUGGACAAGUGCUUCACCUUCACAUCAACUUUCUAAGAAAACUUCAGAAAUUAAUCACUGCAAAAUCCCGUUUUUGAUCAUGAAUGCAAAUCUCGAUCCGUUGUUGAAAGCUGAUGCUUGUCAUUUUGUGGAGAAACUGAUAGAGCUAGACUUUUCUUGCAAAUACGCUGUUGUCCCAAAUGUCAAUCAUCUUUCAAUAAUACUUAAAUUUGGUGGUUCAAACGMUCAAAGUGAAUCUACUGAGCAACAUUGUUUGUCAUUCAUCAGAAAUAAUAUUGAACGAAUUAAACACGAAUCAUUCAGCGAAUGAAUGUAAUAUGAUAUUUAUCAAGUUAUUACAAUAAAAUAUGGAAAAAAUUGUUACAAAUAUUGAAGUGUUAUAUUAGAAUACAUUAGAUAAAAAAAUUCUGGCCGCUGACAUAAAAUAAAUCACUUGUAAAGACAACAACUUCAAGUUACAAAACGUCAUUAAAAUGUAAACAACAUUUGAUUUUCUAUUUAUCUGGGGUUUUACAUUAGAAAACUUCCCUGAAAAUAUCAAAAAUAUUUUUAACCAAAUGACUUAGUUUAUUGUUGUCUUUACGUCUUUACAACUGAACAACUUUAUUGAGAUUGACUACUGUAUCUACUGUAUAUAUAAGA